AUGGUCCAUCUGACCUCAGCCCUUCUCGUGGCCGGCGCGGCCUUCGCCGCGGCUGCGCCCAUGAACCACAUCUUUGAGCGCCAGGACACCUGCUCGGUCAGCGACAACUACCCGACGGUGAACUCGGCCAAGCUCCCCGACCCGUUCACGACGGCAUCGGGCGAGAAGGUGACGACCAAGGACCAGUUCGAGUGCCGGCGGGCCGAGAUCAACAAGAUCCUGCAGCAGUACGAGCUGGGCGAGUACCCGGGACCGCCGGACAGCGUCGAGGCGUCGCUUAGCGGCAACAGCAUCACCGUCAGGGUGACGGUCGGCAGCAAGAGCAUCUCCUUCUCGGCCUCGAUCAGGAAGCCGUCCGGCGCCGGCCCGUUCCCCGCCAUCAUCGGCAUCGGCGGCGCGUCCAUCCCCAUCCCGAGCAACGUGGCCACCAUCACGUUCAACAACGACGAGUUCGGCGCGCAGAUGGGCAGCGGGUCGCGGGGCCAGGGCAAGUUCUACGACCUCUUUGGCAGGGACCACUCCGCCGGCUCGCUCACCGCGUGGGCCUGGGGUGUGGACCGGCUCAUCGACGGUCUGGAGCAGGUCGGGGCGCAGGCGUCGGGCAUCGACACGAAACGUCUCGGCGUGACGGGCUGCUCGCGCAACGGCAAGGGCGCCUUCAUCACGGGUGCGCUCGUCGACCGUAUCGCCCUGACGAUCCCGCAGGAGUCGGGAGCCGGCGGCGCGGCCUGCUGGCGCAUCAGCGACCAGCAGAAGGCGGCCGGCGCCAACAUCCAGACGGCGGCGCAGAUCAUCACCGAGAACCCCUGGUUCUCCAGGAACUUCGACCCCCACGUCAACUCCAUCACGUCGGUCCCGCAAGACCACCACCUACUGGCCGCCCUGAUCGUGCCCCGCGGCCUGGCCGUCUUCGAGAACAACAUCGACUGGCUCGGCCCCGUGUCGACGACGGGCUGCAUGGCCGCCGGCCGCCUCAUCUACAAGGCCUACGGCGUGCCCAACAACAUGGGCUUCUCCCUCGUCGGCGGCCACAACCACUGCCAGUUCCCGAGCAGCCAGAACCAGGACCUCAACAGCUACAUCAACUACUUCCUGCUCGGACAGGGCUCCCCCAGCGGCGUCGAGCACAGCGACGUCAACGUCAACGUCGCCGAAUGGGCGCCGUGGGGCGCCGGCGCCCCGACUCUGGCGUGA